AUGUUUAUUUGUAUUACAGAUUGUAGCCGAACCAAAGUAAAAAUGAAUGAGAGUUCUUCUCUAAACGAUUCUAAGGAUUCAGAAAAGUCGCUGUGCGAACUGUCAAGUCAUGAUUUUGCCCAAAUCAAAGAGACAAUUACGUUUGUGGACAAGACCCUGUUUAUCAAAUGUUUCUUAAGUGAUACUUGUAAAAUAGUAUUACUAACAGCGCCUAGAGCUUUUGGAAAAACUACCCUCAUGAAUAUGUUGAAGCAGUUCCUACUAGGAAAAACCGAUUUAUUUAAGAACCUAAAGAUUUUUACCGAGGAAAAACGAUUUUUUUCAAAGCACUGCAAAUCUCAUCCUGUGAUACAUAUUGAUCUCGGGAGUGUUUGUGGUAGCAGUUUUGCUGGAGUUAAGAGCAGUAUGGCAUCGGCUAUAAAUUGUGCAUUCCAAGAACACCGAUACCUGGUGAAGAAGACUGAGGAUGGUACAUUAAUCUGGGCAAGUGAGAAGUUAAGCAUUUCUAGCAUAAAUAUAAAAACGUUUGAAAAAUAUUACUAUUAUGAAAAGUGCCUCAUGUUAAGUGAAGUUCAUUUGGAAACUAGCUUAAAAUUUUUAUCGAAAGUUUUACAUACACAUUAUGAGGAAAAGGUUUUCCUACUCAUCGAUGAAUACGAUGCUCCUGCGAUGGGUCUAGUAUUUGAGAUUUGUUCGAAUAAGGAUGACAUUAAAUUAAUUGAUGAUUGUCUAAAACGUUUCAUGGCUAACACGCUGAAAUUCAAUGACUCCAUAGAACGCUCAUUAAUAUUUGCUUGUGUUCGGUUGGCCAGAGCUUACUCAGGGGAUGCAGGAAGAGUUAUAGAACAUUAUCCAUUCCUAAGUGAUGUUCGAUACGCACCGUACUUAGGAUUUACGGAUGACGAGGUAAAGCAGCUACUUGAGCUUCCAGAAAUUAAAGCUGCUUGUGGGAAAGUAACAUUCAAAAUAAUUACGAAAUGGUAUGAGGGAUGUAUGGUGUCUAAUAGCCCAUUGAAAAUAUUCAGUAACUGGUCAGUCUUAAACCUUUUGGAAAUGGUUUUUUCAACCGGUACGCUCAAAUAUUCAUCUUUCUGGAUUAAUACAAGUCAUAUAAUAAACCUGAAGGAACUGUUUGCAGAACCUUUAAUUCGACAGAACAUUGAGGAACUUAUUUUUGGUGGUGAAAUAAAAAUAACAACAGUUACAUCAGUGGAUGUCCAGCAUCUUUAGCGUUUACAGCAACUGACUUCUUUAGAGUUUGAUGAAAUAUCGAAGGAAAUUGUGGACUUAUUUUUGCAAUUCUUGGCUGAUUGUGGUUACUUUAAUAUAUUGUCAAUUGAUAAGAAAAAAGAUGAAAUUGAAACAAACACCGAAGAUAAACAUAUAGAAGAAGACGCUGAUUUUGAAAAGAACUCGACAUAUUGUAUUUUAAAAAUACCUAAUUUUGAAAUUAAGCAAUAUAUCCGCAACGUUUGCUAUAGUGAAGCACUGACAAUAGUAUGUAACUUCAACUUGAAAGCUACAUCCAUUACAAAUUGUUUAAGUGAUCUUGCAAACGCCGUGUUAGUAUUAGUUUCUGAACCACAGAGGAUCAUAAACGAAAAAGAACUUCAUCACAUCUUGUAUACUCUGGCAUAUAACUCCAGAUACUUCGUAACACACAGUGAGGUCCAGGUCAAGAAAAAAGAAAGGGACCAGGGAUAG